AUGGAGACCCAAAUCGAUGUUGCGGACAAUCAAAUCACGCGGAUUCGAGACCUCCCGACAACCUUUGCUUCAGAAAGACGGGUCAUGGGGCUUCUCGUUGGGAUUACUGCCAGAGACAGGGCCACCAAGCCAACAAUUGUGCAUAUAAGCGAUUUCUCCCAGUAUCCGGGUUCCAAGGGCGGCCUGAAGACAACUGUGUGGGAGGAACCCGUGUUUAGAGACGAGGACUCUUAUUUGGUGACCGACGUCGAGUUUCCCUACGAGCCAAUGGCAGAACUAAAGGAAAUAAUUGGCGAUGUUGUUGAUCCUGAGAGUUUCCAAAACAACGUGCCCAACACUUAUCCCUUGUACGACAAAGGGAUAGUGGUAUCUUUCAAAGUGAUUGGACGACAAUUCAAAGACACCGUCAAGCUUGUGGUGGAGCCCGCUUACGACGACGAGGAAAACAACCAACAGUGGCUGAUUAACCUGGAUCAAGCACGCGAAAAUGUGCACGUGCAAUCGUUGUACAACCAGGAGACGGUAAACUAUGCGGUGGCCACAGAGAUUUUCUGCGAUUGGAUCAAGUAUUUUGGCAAAGCCGUUUUGAGCUACCCGUCAUUUAAAAAUGUGAUACCAGCCAGACUUCUGGAGCCUGCCCCGAUCAAGCCACAGCCGCUUAGCCACGAUGGUGACGAGUUAAAAGAAUCGAGCUUUUUAAGCGAUCUGGAAUCUUCUGAAGAAUCAGAAUUGGAGAAAGAGGAGAACUCGCACUCCGACCACCAGAAACAGGUCAAUGUUUACAGACCAACAAUUCCAGUGGAUCAAAUUCCUGUGGAAGGCUACGACGGAGCAUAUUUUGUGCAUGUGAAGGUCAUCUCGAUAGAAUCGCGCUCUGAAGACCUAUUUUACAAGAACAUUGGUGCCAACACCAUCUCUACAAAGUCCGUGGAUAUCGUGGUGAAGGAUUUUGAAACAGCUGCAACGCUGCGUGUGAGAGUCGAGAAAGAAGAUCUUCUCCGAUUUGUUGGCACCACUUUUAUAAACCCGCAGCUGAAAUUGACAGUGACCGAAUCUGAGGCCGCGAAAAAUUUGAUAGCAAUGGUUAACGAUCCAGUUCGAAUGUUAGUCAAACCAAAGAGGGUCAGGCUGGCAGGUAGUAUGCAAAACUACACCGAAUAUCUGCAAUGGCUUUAUAGUGAAGUGUAA